AUGGGGCCAAAGACCCCCAGCCUCUACGACUCUGAGAACCAUGGUAAUGGGGCCAACAGCGGCCAACCUCCAUCACUCUCGCUGUGGGAGGAAAAUAAGCCCCAUUUACUGAAGCCACCCUCGGCCAUGUUCUGGUACUGCAGUAAAAGCAGACUGGCCCUGCGGGCUUGCAGACACUGCUGCUUCCCCACACAGCGCAGACUUGGCGCAGCGGCUGGCAAGGACACGCAGCGCCGCUGCCCAGCCCCCGCGGUCAGCUGCCGCCGCUGGCCUCAGCAGGGCCGCCCGCCACGCCCCCAGCCCUGGCUCCCAGGCGGCCUGGGCUCUCGGCACCACAGCCACAGCCUCUUUGCCGAGGAAUCCCCGAGCAGGAAGAAGGAGCAGAAGGACUCGAUUCCCCCCCCCCCUCCGGGGUCCCGGGAGUGUCCCUGCGAGGCCGGUGGCCGGGAGUGUGGCUGUGGCGGCAGGACACACCCGGGCUGCUGGAAAGCCGGGACCGGCGGGGAGGAGGGAUCCUCCCAUUGUGUCCUCAGCUCAACUCCCAAGCUCCCCUGCCGCCGGGUACUAAGAGGUCAUGGUGUUUGUUCCAAGAGCGCAGUCUUCAGUCGCAGGCGGUUCAAACCUUGCACUGCUGGGAACUCUUCGGUGGCAAGGCCGAGAGAGGAGCCGCGAGUGACCCGGGAAGCCACAACCUGCAGCAGCAACCACUGCCCAGGCGUGCAGAUCGGAGGGAAACGUGCUUCUAGCAAAUCCAUAAAUAUGAAGAUUUUCUCGUCUGAUCCGAGAGGAAACAUAAAGUCAGAUGCCAAGACUGAGAUACGGAUUUCUCAGGCGCUCACUACGUGCUUAAACAGACCUUCCCGCGGGCCCGAACAAACACGGCCUCGUCCCCCCCACGAACGCCAGAACUUGAGUGAACAACUCAGUCCCACGUCUUCACAAACGCUCAAGGAGGGUUCCGAGCCUGUGGGUGAGAGUGACAUGUGUCCCACGAUGCCCGCUCCUGCUUCUCUCCCCGAGGUCACAGUUCAGCUCCCCACACAGGAGAAUCCCGCUGGGAGCCGUCUGCAGCAGAGGCCCCGGGGUGCGGACGGAAGGCGUGAGGAAGAGAGUUCGACCCCCAGCGCCACCACGGGUGGCCAUCCUGGCGAUGCUGCAGAAUCAAAGGUCCGAGCACCACAGCCACGUGCGACCCCAGACACACCGCAGCAGUGACACGGGGCUUCCGGCGGAAACCGUGGGCCACCCGAAUACUCAGGACUCAAUCCCAAGCUUUCGAACGCCAAGCCGCUGUGAGCCCACGGUGGGGGCCGAGAAAGAGAAGCCAGGAGUGGGUUCCCAUGGCAACAAGCAGCGCGAGCAUCCCUUGGGUCUGGGCAGACGUGCUGUCCGAGUCCCAAGUUGACAGAACCAGCAACAUCCUGACACUUCACUGAGAAGCCCAAGAAGCGUCUGGUCGUCCCGUCGCCAAGGGCAGUUCCCACAGUGCUCUUGGGGAUUGCGCAGUGAGGGACCACCAGGACCCCACGUGCUGUCCUGUCCCCGUCCCCGUCAGGUCACUGUAAAUGAUGCUGCUUCACGUUCCCUUUUCAUUCAAGACAGGGUUUGGGGUUUUUGAACCAUCCCCAGCGGGCCUGGGGCUUACUCCUGUCUCUGUGCUCAGGGCCCACAACUGGCAGUACCCAGGGGACCACAUGGGGUGCCGGGAACUGAACCCGGUUCCACCCCACGCAAGGCCACUGAGCUAAGCCACUGUCCUAUCCCUCUGGCCUCCUGAACAGGUUUUUGUGACGGUGCCCACUCUGCCCUGCACGCGGAACCCCAGGGACAAGCCCCCCCGUGGAACACAGUCCCCCCUUCAGGAGAGGGCACUGACUAGCCUCAUUCGCUCAUUCCCUGGCAGAGGUGUGUACUGUUGCCUCCUUCGCCCCUGUCCCUUGAGAAGCAAGUCCUGCCACCUGGAAACCACUGUCCAUUUGGACUUAGUGACCCCCUCACUGCAUUGCCCAGUCUUUGUCGCACGUAACAAACUUAGGUUUGCUGUUCUGAGAUAAAUGCUCUCAACAGAAAUGUGCAACUGUGGCCUCCGCGUCUCUGUGGAGACAGACCUGAGGGCCCUGAGGGACUGUUUCGCGAUGUGGAGGUGGGGUCACGAGGCCGGGCGUGCAUCUGGACUGUUCUGUGGCCGCGGGACUUAGCCAGGAAGGCUCUCUGCCCUUCUGCGGACUCUCCCUGCCUCUCCAGCCCUGGUGUGGGAACGUCUCACGCUUCCUUUCCUCGGCGCGGCUCUUCCAUCUCACUCUUCGAGCAAGACCAGGACUGCCUUGCAGGCUGGGCCUCCACCCUGCUGAGCUGCGGGAGGACCUGGGCCCGCUGGCCCCCACGGGCGCAGGGACGCUGCCUUCAAAGCACCAGAGUCCCAGAGCGAGUCGAGUGUCCAUUCAGGGCGUGAGUGACUGUCGUCCGCCUGCAGACUGUCAUGAAAAAUUUUGAGGAACUAGAUUGAGGUUCCUGAUGUCUCAGAUUCAGUCAGUUGUUUGGGGUUUUGUUGGUUUGUUUGGGGCCCUGGGGGGAGCCACACCCGGUGGUGCUCAGGGCUUGCUCCUGGCUCUGUGCUCGCAGAUCAGUCCCGGCGAUGCUGAGGGAGCCGUACUCGGGGCCAGGGAUUGAACCCCGACCAGCUGUGCGCGAGCAAGGCCGGAGCUGAGCCCCCGUGCUAUCUCCCUGCCCAGCUGUCCUGAGCUUUUAUCUCCAUUUCCUUCCUGCUUCCCUUGGACUUGACAGGGGGUCACUCGGGGGCUGGACAUCCCGCACCAGGACAGCAUUCUACUGUCAUUCAGAACGUAAGCCAUCAGAUAGUAGUUCAUCGUUCCACUAACCAUUGAGGGUCAAUCAACCUGGGGGAUCAUUUAUUUCUGAUAUUCUCGGGUCCAGAAUUCAGUUUUCUAUUACUGCCUAGUCAUCAAUGUUAUUUAUUGUUAGUCUCUUCGUUGAUUUGUCUGGUUUGGGGUUUUGUUUCUUUGUUUGGGGUGAAAGGCUCACACCUCAGGGAAGGCCUGAGUCCAUUCAGCCUCUGAGUGCAGAACCAGGAGUAGCCCCUGAGGCACCAGGUGUGGCCCCCAAGCAACAACAAUAACAAUAACAGGUCUUUAGUCUUUGUUUUUCUUUUGGGGUCACACCUGGCGAUGCUCAGGGCUUACUCCUGGCUCUGCACUCAGGAAUUACUCCUGGCGGUGCUCAGGGGACCAUAUGAGAUGCUGGGAAUCGAACCCAGGUCAGCUGUGCAAACACCCUACCUGCUGUGCUAGUGUUCUGGCCCCAGGUCUUCAGUCUGAAAGACUUUUUAAAACUAUUUCUUACUGCGACCACUUUUCUUGCAUGCAGUUGACGUCAAGCCCCACCAGGAGCGAUCCCUGAGCACAACUGGCUGUGGCCCCCCCCGCCCCAAAGGCAGUUGUAUCAUCCCAGGAACACACCCAGUGUCUUUGUUUUUGCAGCCCAUUUUGACAUGGUCAGUGAAUCACCACAAGUCACUCGGUGCAUCAAUUGUCACAUUAGUACAAUGGGGAUAAUAAUACCUAAGUUCCAGGGAUGCUGAAAAGAUUAAUUGAAUCAACACAAACAAAAUACCUGGAACAGUGCCAGCUGCAAAGCAGUAACUGCAAGUGUUGUUUCGUUGUUCUAGCCAUGCAGGGGAGGUGCUUUUUGUUGUUUUGUUUUGUGCCUCCCAGACCAGACCCAGUGGUGCUCCUGGCUCUGUGCUCAGGAGUCACUCCUGGUGCUGCUGGAGGACUCUGUGGCAUGCCAGCCUCGGACCCUGGUCGGCCACACGCAAGGCUCGGGCUGGAGAGGUGCUCCUGAGGCAGAGGGCAGUGCUCAUGGAACUUGGCCUCUCGGCCUCAGAGUUUCCUGUGUCUGACAGCAGAAACCAAAGGCGCAUUUGACAGGCAUGGAAACAGCAGGCGGGGACGGGUCUGCACGACACAGGUGACAGCUAAGGUCAGAGGAGGUGCGGUCUGUCCCGCGGGCGGAUGCUUUGGUGGCCUGCGCCUUAGUCGUAGUUUUCUGAGGGGACUGUGGAUACGCACAGGUGAGAAACAGAAACUGCGCCUGGUGUCACAUGGACAGAGAGGGCUGGGGAAAAGCCCUCAGAGGCGCUGAGUGGUGUUGUUGCAGUUUGAGGGACACCCCGGGGCACUCGGGGGUCACUCCUGGCAGGUCUCAGGGGCCAGGUGAGGUGCGGGUCCCAGGGCUGGAGUGACAGGGCUGGAGUGAUAGCACAUUUGCCUCGCACACGGCCAACCCGGGCCCGGUCCCCAAGCACUGCCAGGAGUGAUUCCUGAGUGCAGAGCCAGGAGUGACCCUCUCCGCCAUGUGCGUGGCCAGCACCGCGCCCACCUCCUACCUCUCGGGCCCAAGAGGUGUUCUUGGAAAGUCUGUUGCCAUGGCAAGAGUCAGGGGCCGAGGUGGGCUGCACUGCGCAGUGUCCGCUGACCAUCGUAAUGCGUCUGCUCAGCACCAAGGCGCGGAGGGCUCUGUCCCGGCCAGUGGGAGCCCGGGGAGGACAGGUGGCCGCUCCCUGGGGCUCUGCUGGGGCCCCGCUGGCCCAGCCAGGAGAGGAAGGGGCAGGAAGUUGUGAGAAUCGUCCUGGUCAUCCCGCUGCACGGUGGCGCCCUGCCCGGGGCUUGGCCGGUCCCUCUUUCUGGAUCUGUGUGUGCAAGAGUGUGUGUGCACCACCCGUGGGCACUGGGCGGCUCUGGCUCUCGGUUUCCUCCUGCGGACCCUGAGGGUCAGAAACUCAGCCGCGCGGCCACAUUGGGCCUGCCCAGCACCUCGCUUCGAUAAUGGAAUAAUCUAGAAAUCAUCCAAAUGCCAUGUUACAGCAGUCUUUUUCUUUUUUCUUUUUUCUGUUGACUUUUUGGGUCACAGCCAGUGCUCGGGGGACCAUACAGGAUGCGGGGGGUUGAACCCGGGCCAGCCGAAUGCAAGGCAGACACCCUCCCCACUGUGCUAUCACUCCGGCCCCAAGAGCAGCCAUUUUUAGUAGGUAGAUGGAGUUUAUUUCCUCCUCUGAAGCUUUAAAUCCAUGUUUUGUUGUUGUUUUGUUUGGGGGCCACCCCUGGUGAUGCUCAGGAACUACUCCUGGCCCUGCACACAGGAAUCACUCCUGGCGGUGCUCACGGAACCAAAUGGAAGGCCAAGGACUGUACCUGGGUGAGCCGUGUGCAAGGCAGGUGCCCUCUGACUCCUGACUCUGCACUCAGGGAUCAUCCCCGACAAGGCUCAGGAACCCACAGGGGUACCGGGGAUCAAAUCCAGGUCAGGGUGCCUGCCGGGCAAGUGAGCUACCCACGGUUCUAUCUCUCUGGCCCACCAUACUUUGUUUGAAACAAAACGGGAUCAAAUAAAUAUUGAAUCACUGUCACUGUCACUGUCAUCCCGUUGCUCACUGAUUUGUUCAAGCAGGCACCAGUAACAUCUCCAUCAUGAGACUUGUUGUUACUGUUUUUGGCAUAUCGAAUACACCACGGGUAACUUGCCAGGCUCUGCCGUGCGGGUGGGAUACUCUUGGUAGCUUGCCGGGCUCUCCGAGAGAGGCAGAGAAAUCGAACCCGGGUCUGCUGCAUGCAAGGCAAACACCCUACCGCUGUGCUAUCGCUCUAGCCCAAAUAUUGAAUCAGAAGUAUAAUUUGUUUUUCUAAACUAAGAGUCUAGGACAGCAUAUGAUAAGCUUUAUGUAAAUGAACAUACUUUUUCUAUUUAUUUUGUUAAGAUUUCCUGUUUGUGUUGAGUUCUGGGCUUGCUCCUGUCUCUGUAUUCUUGGCAGUGCCGGGAUCAAAGCCGACGGCCAGGCAAGUGUCUAGUGUGCUGCGCUAUCUCUCCAGCCCGUUAUGACACUCAUGUUGUCUCCCAUCUCUCCUCACGCCCCCAGUCUCCUCCCUACCAACAUCGUUUGAGUCUGAGUGACUGUGCAGGUGCGGCGUGAGGGAGAGAGGGACAAGUUUCCUUCUUCCUCACCUCUGCUCAACACGCCCAGCAGGGAAUGCCUGGCGUGGGUCAGGACGAGCACGCUGUCCAGCGAGGGUGCACGUCCACUUGCUCUGCACUCUGGGGGCAGCCUUGGGGAGCCCUGGGACCCGGCUGGAGUGAGGAACUGCUCUUUGCAGGAACGGAAAAUCCGUCCUCGCCUCAGGACGGGAUGGCUCAUCUUUCUCUCAGAAAACAACUCAGGGGGAGACGAAAUUGUGACAUGACAUCGUUUUUAUUGAAUAAAACUUGCUUAGAAAGAUAUGAGGAGCAAAAAAAUACGUGUUCCAAAGAGAGAACACAGCUUCUCCCACGUGGAAAGCGCACGCAGACGCAGACAGGCAGGUGAGAUGUGUUUGAGGGAAAGUCAGCCUGGCUUUGGCGAGGCGCUUUUACACAAUUCUUCCAAUUUUAUUUUUCUGGAGUUUCGUGUACAUAAAAAUGUAUUGGUGGGGGCCGGUGCAAUAGUUCAGCGGACAAGGUGUUUCCUUGCAAGGACUGACCCCGAUUCGAUUCCCGGCACCCCAUAUGGUUUCCCAGGAGUGAUUCCUGAGUGCCAAGCCAGUAGUAACCCCUGAGCACUGCCAGGUAUGACCUAACAGCAAACAAAAAGAGUAUUAUUUGUGCUUGCUCUUCAAGCCCGUGUUCUCCCUUGGACACGUCACUCACUUAGCAAGUGUUCCUUCCUCUCUUGGCGUGCGUGUUCCGCUCUGGAGAAGCCGGGUUCUCUCUGGAACAUGCAUUUCCUCUUUCUCUCCCCUCAGAUAUUUCUAAGUAAAUUUCAUUGAAUAAAAAUGAUCUUGGCCCUUGUCUCUAUGGUCAGGGGCCAGGAAGAUUGCUCCACGGUUGGCCGCCUGCCUCAUGAGCUGGGGGAGAAGGCAGCCGGAGAGAGAAGGGAUCACUGAGUCAGUGAUGGUUGGAGGGACCGCUCGGGAUGGGGGAUGUGUGCUGAGAGUAGAUAAAGGACCAAACGUGAUGGCCUCUCAGUAUCUGUAUUGCAAACCAUCAUGCGCCCAAAUAGAGGGAGAAUAAGA